UACAGGCCUCGACCCCCAGCGCGACCCUGCCGCCCCCAGCCUGGCCCCAAGAUGAUGAAGAGACAGCUGCACCGCAUGCGGCAGCUGGCCCAGACGGGCAGCCUGGGACGCACCCCGGAGACAGCCGAGUUCCUGGGUGAGGAGCUGCUGCAGGUGGAGCAGCGGCUGGAGCCUGCCAAGCGGGCAGCCCACAAUGUCCACAAGCGGCUGCAGGCUUGUCUGCAGGGCCAGAGUGGGGCUGACAUGGACAAGCGGGUGAAGAAGCUUCCGCUCAUGGCUCUGUCCUCCACAAUGGCAGAGAGUUUCAAGGAGCUGGACCCCGACUCCAGCAUGGGGAAAGCCUUGGAGAUGAGCUGCGCCAUCCAGAACCAGCUGGCCCGCAUCCUGGCCGAGUUCGAGAUGGCCCUGGAGCGGGGGGUCCUGCAGCCGCUCAGCUGGCUGAGUGAGGAGGAGCUGCCCGCCAUCCUGAAGCACAAGAAGAGCCUACAGAAGCUGGUGUCCGACUGGAACACCCUCAAGAGCAGGCUCAGCCAAGCCGCCAAGAACUCAGGCAGCGGUCAAGGCCUGGGCGGUGGCCCGGGCAGCUAUAGCCACACCACAGCGGCCGCCAACAAGGUGGAGACGCUGAGGGAGGAGGAGGAAGAGUUGAAGAGGAGGGUGGAGCAGUGCAAGGAUGAGUACUUGGCCGACCUGUACCACUUUGCCACCAAGGAGGACUCGUACGCCAACUACUUUAUCCACCUCCUGGAGAUUCAGGCUGAUUACCAUCGCAGGUCCCUGAACUCUCUGGACACGGCCCUGGCUGAGCUGAGGGAGAACCACGGCCAAGCAGACCUCUCCCCCUCGAUGACGACCACCCCCUCCAGCAGGGUGUAUGGGGUGUCGCUGGGGACUCACCUGCGAGAGCUGGGCCGGGAUAUUGCCCUGCCCAUCGAGGCCUGCGUGCUGAUGCUGCUGUCCCAGGGCAUGCAGGAAGAGGGCCUCUUCCGUCUGGCCGCAGGGGCCUCGGUGCUGAAGCGCCUCAAGCAGGCGAUGGCCUUGGAUCCCCGCAGCCUGGAGGGAUUCUGCUCUGACCCACAUGCUGUGGCAGGUGCCCUCAAAUCCUAUCUCCGGGAGCUGCCAGAGCCCCUGAUGACCUUUGACCUCUAUGAUGAUUGGAUGAGAGCAGCCAGCCUGAAGGAGUCUGGGGCCCGGCUGGAGGCCCUCCGAGAGGUGUGCGGCAGCCUGCCCCCUGAGAACUUCAGCAACCUCAGGCUCAGGAGGCUCUCAGGCCUUGGACAUCUAUGGGUGUUCAUGGCCCAGGGUACCCCGGCCCCAUCCCAAGCCCACCUCCUGCCCAGGUACCUAAUGAAGUUCCUGGCCCUGCUUGCUGAGGAGCAGGAUGUAAACAAGAUGACACCCAGCAACAUCGCCAUCGUGCUGGGGCCCAACCUGCUGUGGCCAUCUGAGAAGGAAGGGGACCAGGCCCAGCUGGACGCUGCCUCGGUGUCAUCUAUCCAGGUGGUGGGUGUGGUCGAGGCUCUGAUCCAGAGCGCCGACAUCCUCUUCCCUGGAGACAUCGACUUCAACGUAUCGGGCCUUUUCUCAGCCCUCGCCCCCCAGGACAAGGUCGGCGAUGGACUGGCCCCUGAGGACACACCGCUUGUUGCUGUGCCCCGUCCAGCGACCACCCCGGCCCCAGCCCCGGCCUUGGCCCUGGGCUCAGCCUUAGUGACACCCAAGGAAAGGCCAGAGUCCGAAGCGCCACCCAGACCAGUCUCACCCAUGGUCAACAGGAGCACCUGGGAGACAGCUGCCCCAGCAGAGGACACCGCCCGGAGGACCAAGCGCCCUGCACCAGCCCGGCCCACCAUGCCUCCCCCACAGCUCUCCAGCACGCGCUCCUCUCCUCCAGUCCCACCCCCAACUCCUAGCAGCCCUGUGACUCCCCGGGCUCUGCCCCGCCGUCUGGUGGGCAGCAGCCUCCGGGCCCCCACAGUGCCACCCCCGUUGCCCCCUGUUGCCCCUCAACCUGCCCGUCGCCAGAGCCGACGUUCUCCAGCCUCCCCCAGCCCAACCUCUGCUGGCCAGGCUUCCCCGAGCUCACCUGUGCAGGUGGAAACACAGAGAGUGCAUACAGAAGAGGGGGCCCCCCCCGAGGCUGUAGGUGGGGUCUGUGCCCCACAAGCUGUGCCCCCUCAGCCCCAGCCCAGGGGCCUUGCCUCUGAGACUGACUGAGCGUGCAGCUCCACCCUGACUGGCCCUCAGUGUCCCCAUCCUUCUAGGGCAGCCCUCACCCCUCCCAAAGGGUGGGGCGCCCAGCCUUCGCCCACAAGUGCCUCAGUGCCUGCAGGGUUGGCCACCAUGGCCAGGGGGCUCCGGACAGCCUCUAUUUCCUGACCUUUUCCACCCUGAGCUUGGGAGUUCUCUCCAUCCCUCCACUCCCCACCCUCUGGCAGGGUCCCAGGGAAACCACCAGGAGGAAAGACAGGCUUGCGUGCUUCUACAAGACUUAUUUUUCUCUUGCCAACAUAUUUUUUGUAAGGCUAGUAAAUAAAUUAUUUUGGACAAAACUGGAGCAUGUGCCCAAAUGACAGUUUUAUUUUCUGUCCUUAAAAUAAAGAAACCACUUUCAUAAAGGGGAAGAUUGCAUAUUCUUGGCCUCUUUUCUUUCUUCUGGUCUGAAAUGCUAACAGUCAAUGCUUGUGGAGAUUUCUCUGAGCUGCACACUGAGCUUUUCU